UUAGGCGUACAGUAUGCAGUUAGACGGCAAUCGGGUUAGCAGACAUAUAAACUGAUACAAUUUAAAACAGUGGAUGAAAAAUACGACAGAAUGGAUACUAAACUUAAACUUAUUAUUAUGAUAGUACUUGUUAGUGUCGGUGUUUGUCUCGCUGUGGUAAUGGCUCUGCUUUUAACCAUGCCGGAAUUACCAACAACUAUCGGAAAGAAUCAAAUAUGUCUACCGAAUAAGGAUAGCGAUCCUAAGUGUGGCCCAACGGCAGAUAUGCUUCACGAGUAUUUAGAGAUGAUAGUUGCGAAGAAAUAUGGCGAAAUCAAAACAGAAAAGCAAAGGAUAAAACAACAGAAGUGUCAAGAGGCAAAGGCCGCAUGUGCGAAAAUGACACCAGCCGUAAAACUCACUGGGAAACCGCAGACUUCGAUUAACAAAUAUGACAUGGGUGCUGACAUGGUACCAAUAAGAGAAUGGCAGCAUAGCAGAGAUUUGCAUAGAACCAAUGAAUUUGAAAGAUACGCCAUUCAGUACUCAGACGGCCGCUUGAUUGCUCCUGUUGACGGCACAUAUUUUAUCCAUUCAUUCGUGGAGUUGUUUGAGCCAUGUGAUCCUUCGACUGGAAAGCCAAAUAUCAAAGAUCCUACAAAGCCUAUCAAACACAGCAUCUUCAAACUUAGCAUACAUGAUAAAGAGGAAAUGGAGCUAGUUGCAGAUGUCCAACCACAUAUGGUGUCAAGCAACAAACACUUUAACUAUUAUAGCAGCUAUGUCUCUUCACUUGCAGAUCUUAAAGCUGGUGAUGAGCUUUCUGUAAAAGUCAGCAAUAUAACAUAUCUUAAAUACGCACGAAAUAAUUAUUUUGGGAUGAACUUUAUUUAGUAGCAUAGACCUAUCUAUGUUUUUCUUCCUUACCGUGGGGGAGCACGUGCACGUCGUGGUGAGGGCACUGAUUGUCGUUGCUUGAAUGAGAUACUCUACUAAGCAGCGAUAAUCAGACGAAGAUCCCCUGUUUUAUAUCUUUUAUAUUAAGGUAGCGGACCCGUAAUGACGGUUUGCCAUUUCCGUGCAAUAACAUAUUCUACGUUUGCGACUUUGGUAUCUUUCGACUAUAACAGAAAGCUACUUUUCGUUACAACUAGAUACGCCAAAAUCGCAAACAGAGAAUACGUACUGGAACGGAAAAUGUCAAUUGUCAUUUCAGGUCCACGACCUUAAUCAGUCAUUUGUAACUAAUAAAUUGUGUUUUGUACUUACUUUUUGUUCAAUGAUAUGUACUUGUUUUGUCUUUGUUUCUUAACUUUUUGAAAAGCAAGCAACUAGAGAAAAACAACACACUUUAUAAACUAUUAACAUAGAAGAGAAAAUGUACGACUGUCUCUAAUUCAGAAAAUCGUAAAUUAAAAACAAAUACCGUAUAACGGUAUUUUUUUUUACCUGCAGCUUAUUUUUACUAUUUUACGACCAAAUCAGAUUCGUAAAAACUGGCCUUGUAUAAAUUCGCCGCGAAAGUCAAGUAAACGGGUAACAUUAACAGUUUUCGAUUAUAUACGCUUUGAUAUACGGUAAAUGGGAUACAAUUUCGACGAUUUGUUAAAUGCCGUUCCAUCGUACUGUUAUAUUUCUGUUGACUAUACGAGAAAAGACAAAAUAAUGAAAAAAAAAAAACAAAAGAACUUGAAAAUUUGGACUAAUAAAAUGCCUCUUGAACUUAAUUGAUAUUUUCGAAUUAGGAAUCAAUAGAGUAAUUAUGUUUAUAUUACAGAAAUACAUUUUCCCACGUUUUACAAACCAUAAUUUAUCAUGACUGAUACUUAUUUUUGAUGUUUUUUACGUGGGAUGGUAAUUAUAAGUAGUUUGAUAAGGUGUUGGGGAUUCUUUAAAGGUGUUAACAGCAUUAAAGACCUUUUCAAUACAUCAGUACAUAUAUAUAUACAUGUACUUGUUAACAAUUGAUUUUACUCUUUUUGCAGGUUCCUACCGGAACUAGAUUUGGCUUUAUUCAAACUUAUUUGCAUAUCUUCAUGUAGUAUUGUAUAAUACCUUUGGUGAAAUAAAGUUACCUGUCUGUCUGUCUGUCAAAAAUAUCCUAAACAUGUGCCUGUUACGUAGCAUUUUGUCUAUUCUAUUGCUAUGCUGAGCAAUUUAAUGAGCUAUAUUUAACUGAACCUUGUGAUUUCGUAAAUAUUAAAAACGUAUACUUUCAAUCCAUUAUUUAUGAAAUCGUAUUAUAUUUUUUUUGAAUAUCAAGAACUAUCUUUGAAGUUGCAAUGUCCAAAGCGUAAAGAUCAAUAUUAUCGUACUGAAAUUCAGUUUAAAGUGUUGAUGAUUUUAUGUUGAUUGCUUAUUGUUUUAUUUUAAACUAGAUGUAAUACAGAUAUGUUUUUACUGUCAGCCCAGAGGCAGAAUAACUGGGUUCGGUAUCAUGUUAAAUGUCUACCAGAAACCAGGAAAGAGGUUUAAUACAAAAUUUUAGCUUACUCCGCCAUCCUAUCACAUUAAUAUAUGUUUGUAUGAAAUGCAUAUUUGGAAAAAUAAAUAUUGUUUGAACCAAG